AUGCAGUUAGAAUUAUACAUCAUUGCCAGACACAGCAUCCAAGCAACUAAGGAGCAGUUUGGCAUGGGUCCUUUCACCUGCAUUGUCGUCCUUUCAUUUCUCUUUGGUAUGAGUAUGCCAAAAGAACACAAAACGCUCCAGUUUGGCCAAUGUGAACUGAGUGGAAUAUCUUUGCGAGAACUAAGAGACUAUUUUGGUGAAAUAAAAGAAACUGUUCAAAACCAGGAUACUAGGACUGAUGUGAUACUGCUGAAGGAAAGUGUCCUGCUACAAACUCCAAUGUCAGAGAGCUGCUGCUUACUUCGCCACCUGCUGAGAUUUUACAUCGAAAGUGUUUUCAGGCACUAUGAAGCAACAAGCAAUGCGCUUAAAAGGAAAACCAGCAUCUUAGCAAACACCUUUCUCCACAUUAAGACAACUCUGAGACAGUGUCUGGAUAGGAAUAUAGCAGCAAUCAAAGCUGUGGGAGAGAUGGACAUUCUGUUUGCCUGGAUGAGUGAUAUCAACAAUUAA